AUGAACGCAACAAGAAGCUGGUUAGAUUCAUGGAUGCGAAAAAACUGGAGUCUUACAGAUGCUGUGAGAACACCUAUGGGUCCCGUACUUGAUCAAAGAUGGGAAGACACUUUCCUGUACACAGUUGACAAGAAUGCUGUUUUAACAACUCGUUAUUAUAAACCUAAUACUCAGAAGAUAUGCAUACAAAUAUUACUAGGCUUAUGUGCAGAAUGUGAUGCAGACAUCGUGAUGAUUGAUUCCACAACUCAUAAAGUGUUACAAUCUGUAACAGCUAAAGGCUCAAUAAAUGCUGCAAUUCAUGGCUUACCUAUGUGGCAACUCGUUAAACUUGAUGGAAAUUUUUCUACAGACANUUAUAGUAAUGGGAUAAAAAUCCGUAUAAUUCCCAAACUUACAAAGCCUACUCACAAUCCGUUAUGGGCAAUAGCUNAUGUUCGUCAAUGUUCCCAUAAAGAGAUUUUGAGAAAAGGAAUNAUUUCGCAAAUACCUACCGAUGCUAUUCCGUUGUCNAAUAUAACUUGUCAAAAAUUAUACUUCAACGAAAAUACCAUCGUAAGUUCCUUGGGAAAAACUACAACUAGCAUAGCUUUAG